CGGGGUGGGACUGGCUCGUUGGGGUGGGGCAGGAUCAGCAGAACCCAGCGUCGGGCGCAGUGGUGGCAGCAUCAGGAUGCGGGAGGCGAGGUUCAGGGACCACUUCUGGAGUACGGAUCUGACAAGCACAGUUGGCUAUGACAGCAUCAUUCAACAUCUGAAUGACGGCAGGAAGAACUGCAAAGAGUUUGAAGACUUUUUGAAGGAAAGGGCAAUUAUAGAAGAAAAAUAUGGCAAAGAGCUCAUUAAUUUGUCAAAGAAGAAGCCCUGUGGGCAGACGGAGCUGAACACACUGAAGAGAUCCCUGGAUGUUUUCAAGCAACAGAUAGACAAUGUGGGGCAAGGUCACAUCCAGCUGGCGCAAACCCUUCGGGAGGAAGCAAAGAAAAUGGAGGACUUCAGGGAAAAGCAAAAACUGCAUCGGAAAAAGAUAGAGCUGAUAAUGGAGGCGAUUCACAAAAACAGGAAUUUGCAGUACAAGAAGACCAUGGAGGCCAAGCGGCUCUACGAGCAGCGCUGCAGGGAUAAGGAUGAGGCAGAGCAGGCUGUGCACCGCAACGCAAACCUGGUGACACAGAAGCAGCAGGAGAAGCUGUUCCUGAAGCUUGCUCAGACAAAAUCAGCUCUAGAGGACUCUGACAGGAGUUACCAGCAGAAUGUUACCACACUGGAGAAGAUCCGUGAAGAAUGGCAGAAAGAGCACAUCAAAGCUUGUGAGUUCUUUGAGACUCAGGAGUGUGAACGGAUCAACUACUUCCGCAAUGCACUCUGGCUUCACGUCAACCAGCUGUCGCAGGACUGUGUCCAGAAUGAUGAGAAAUAUGAGGAAAUCCGCAAAAGUUUAGAAAUGUGCAGCAUCGAGAAGGAUAUAGAUUUUUUUGUAAAUUUACGCAAAACUGGAAGUUUGGCUCCAGCUCCUGUGGUUUAUGAAAACUACUAUAAUACACAGAGAAAUGCAGCUCCUGUGAGAAGCCCGGUUCCUGUACCUAUAUCCAGGAGAGGGCCUCUACCCACCCCGACCAGUGCGCCAGGUGAGCCUGAUUAUGCCACAGUUGAUGGCUACAGCUUGAUACAUCACUAAUAGCCACAGGUCUCCAGGCAGAAGACACUGUUGGUCUGGCCAGGGCGGCGGAGGUGGUGUUUCCAGUUAUUUGCAGCCACACAGAGCUGAAGUGAUUCUCCAUUUUAAGAAACUAUUUGAGGACUCUGAUAAUUAUUUGUACAUUCAGAAAGUGCCUAACAAAAAUCUGUGCCUUUGAUCAGCAAACUCCUUGGAUGGAUGUCCCAUCUUCACACCAAGGGGGAGAAAAGAAGCAUAAGCAAUGGACCCAGACACAGGGGGCGACCUGUGUUGGAAGAAGUUUUUUAUUUUAAGUUCUUCUAAAGUGCAAACAUCUGGGAGAAGCUGGAGCCUCCCACACUCCGGAUAACUUAAGAAGCCAUACAUGCCGUGGGGAUAGCUACACAAUGCUUUGGGCACGCUGGCUUGUGUUCAGGGCAUGUGUAUCCCACUCAGAUCUCAUGUUACACUUUUGCGUAUUUCUAAAGUCUUUCAUUAACAGUGAUUAAACUUGUGAUUUAUUUUUAAUUUUGGCCAUAUCUCUCAGGGAACUUACUUAGAGGAGGACUGAUGAGUCUGGCUUAGCUGUUGAUGUGCUCCAGGCUUAAGCACUGAUACUGGAAGCUGAUUUGCACCUUGCCUGGUGCAGCAGACCACAGCGCAGCUACCUUGGGACAGGCUGUGCUGCCACAAAUGUGCUGGGAAGUUCUGCACCCAACAGUGUUGUUGAGGUUCUGUGAGGGAUAUUGGUCAGCUCUUCCCACCACCUCUCCAAUGAGGAGCUUGUGAUAUUUAAGUUCAUGGCGUCUGGUAGGCUUUGGAGACCCUCAUUUGAUCAACUUCUGGGAAUCCCUAAACUAUGGGCUUGUUCUGUGUGUGCAUCACUGGAAACAUACAGCUUCUAACGUGAGGCUGGAGCCAUGAAAUUCGUUUUCUGAACAGAUCUCCUCAAAGUCUGGGUCCUUUUUGUUACUGUAUGUAUGAUUACGGCUUUGAUUCAGAAGCUUACAUGCCUCAAGGCUGCUAGUGUCUCUGAAGUCUCUGUGUGCAGUGUUGCUUAACAGCUCCUCAGAGCUUUAUGACACUGGACACAGGGACACAGUACAUGGGGAUUUAAUUGCCUAAGCCUGGUUCCAGGUCACUGACUCUGGAGGAGCAGGAGCUGCUACUUGUAUGAUGUUCUUCAAGCUGAAUCUGCCUGAUUUCAGUGUGUGCCUAAGCCCACCAGUCCGUGGGGCUUUCAUGGCAUUUCCUUGGUUGGAGAGGAUUGUGAUGAGCUUUAACAUCUGUCCUGCUGCAUUAUAAUGAACUGUGCAAAGUGCAAAGUGCACGUUUAAAGGAAUAAGUUGUCCUAUUUUAUUUCUGAAAGACCAAGCGUACAAAUAUUCUUCUGAAGGAGCCUGCUGUAGUUUUAGU